GGCAGCCAGAGGAGGCGAGCAUGAGGAGAAAAUCCCAGAGUGGUGCAAACGGAGCAUCAAAUCCUCUGACAACGUGACGUCCGAGCAGGCUCGUGGUGAAGCGCGCGUGAAUUAGAUGGAAAUGAGUCACUUUGCGUCCAGCCUGAGCUCCGCGUUGGAGACCUAGCGUUGUCUCUGGACAGCUUCUGGCAACUUCUCGGGCGUCCGAUGGGACCGUCUCCUCACCCGGUGCGCUCUUCCGCCCGGCACCCAUGAACUUCUGGGUGCCGCGCGCGCCGCUCACGCUGCUGCCGAGGCUCGUGCAUCCCUCACGCGGACAAUGAAGACGAGGACCCUCCUGUCGGUCAGCUUGAACUUCUUCGCCCUGUUCUUCGCCAUCACUGCCUUCGUCACCACUUACUGGUGCGUGGGGACGCAGCGCGUGCCCAAGCCCAAAUGCAGCAAGCUGCGGACGCACCAGUGCAUAGACUACGGCGUGAACGAAACGGACCCCAACAAGGUGGUGUACAGCUGGGAGACCGGGGACGACAGGUUCCUGUUCCGACAGUUUCACACCGGCAUCUGGUUCUCGUGCGAGGAGAACAUCCACGAUGAAAGUGAAAGAUGCCGAAGUUUCAUCGAUUUAGCUCCUGCAUCAGAGAAAGGGAUGCUGUGGCUGUCUGUGGUGUCUGAGAUGUUGUAUAUUUUGCUGCUGAUGGUGGGCUUCAGCCUCAUGUGUAUGGAGUUGGUCCACUCCAGCAACGUCAUCGAUGGGCUCAAGCUCAAUGCCUUUGCUGCUGUCUUCACAGUACUCUCAGGUCUUCUUGGCAUGGUGGCUCAUGUGAUGUACACGCAGGUCUUCCAGGUCACCGUCAGUCAUGGUCCACCGGACUGGAGGCCCUACAACUGGGAUUAUGGGUGGUCUUUCUGCUUGGCAUGGGCGUCUUUCACCUGCUGUAUGGGCGCCUCAGUCACCACCCUCAACUCCUACACGAAGACUGUUAUCGAGUUCAGGCACAAGCGCAAGACCUUCGAGCAGACCAUCCGGGAGGAGAACGCACGGGAGGCGUACGGAUACUACAGGGACAACUCCUUGCACUCCAUCUCUAAAUCUGUGGACAUUUACUCCGCUCAGUCCCUGAAAAGCGGCAGGAGGACUCCCAUACCUGCCGCCUCAUUGGACUUUUGUGACUAUGCUGCAUCUCUCGGUGAAGAACAGUGCUGAGACGUCUUUUUCUGUGUUCACCUGUGAGAUUUGCAGCUUUGCUCCAUCUUAUGCUCUUCAACACUGCCUUAACUGAAACAGGUCAGGGAGCUUCAAGUCACACUUGUUUGAGGUUGGGGAGUCUGCAAAGGAACUGGGGGUAGGGGGGGGAUUCCCAUGAGGUCGAUGGAUGACAGUGUAUCUUUUUUGUGUGUGUAACUGAAGACAAUGUAAAAUUAAAGGAAAUGUUGAGUUCACCUGUAUAAACAGAGUGAGUGCCUCUCAGUUUCUCACAGCCUUCAACUUGAACCAGUUUUAAAGACUGGUACAAAUAUUAGGCUUUUUUGUGCGAUGAAUAAAACCAAAAACUUUA